GUUGGCUGCCGCUGCGGUGACGUGUAUCUGGGUGCGGAUUCCCAAAGAGGAGGAGAAGGAGCAUGUUACCUGAGGGUGACCUUUGAGACCCAAACCUUAUCAUCCCCGUAGAGUGGCCACCCGUCAUCCUUCAGACUAGGGUACGUCGGCCAUCAUUACCCCGAGACAGCGGAGGCGGAUGCGGGGAACGUGAUACAAAAGCCGCUCCAUCGAACCCCCAUCCCCUCAUUCAUCAACUACUUCACACCCCACCAAGAUGGCUCUGGAACAUCCACCCCCUCAGGUCCGUCAGACCAUCGACCGCCUGAUCGACAACCUCGUCCACAUUGAGGACAAGUCCGGGCAGUUCCUCCUGCACCUCCCAGACGGCCGCGUCAUCGACACCAAGUCGUGGCACGGUUGGGAAUGGACGCACGGGAUCGGCCUCUACGGCCUGUGGAAAUACUACGAGCUCACCGGCGACAAGGCCCUCCUGCGCAUCAUCGAAGACUGGUUCGCCGCGCGCUUCGCCGCGGGCGGCACGACCAAGAACAUCAACACGAUGGCGGUCUUCCUCACCCUUGCCUACGUCUACGAACACACCCGCAACCCCGUCUACCUCCCAUGGCUGGACGCGUGGGCCGAAUGGGCCAUGCACGACCUCCCGCGCACGCGCCACGGCGGCAUGCAGCACACGACGUACCUAUCGGAAAAUUCACAGCAGCUGUGGGACGACACCCUCAUGAUGACAGUGCUGCCGCUAGCCAAAAUCGGCCUCGUGCUGGCCCGUCCGGCGUACAUCGCCGAAGCGAAGCGCCAGUUCCUGCUGCACGUGCAGUACCUGUUUGACGUACGCUCGGGACUUUUUUUCCACGGGUGGACCUUCGCGGACGGGGGGCACCACUUUGCGCGCGCGCGCUGGGCCCGCGGAAACAGCUGGCUAACGAUGGCGAUCCCAGAGUUGGUGGAGCUGCUGGACCUGGCAGAGGGCGAUCCGAUCCGGGUACAUCUUCUGGAGACUCUGGAAGCGCAAUGCGCGGCGCUGGAGCAGCUGCAGGAUGGGGCGACGGGGGCGUGGCACACGCUUCUGGACGUGGGGGACUCCUACGUGGAGAUGUCAGCGACGGCGGGGUUCGCGUAUGGGGUGCUGAAAGCCGUGCGCAAGCGGUACAUCUCGGCGCGGUAUGCCGCCGUGGCAAGGCGGGCGAUUGGGGCCGUGAUGGACAAGGUUGACGCGCAGGGGGAGCUGCAGAUGACGAGUUUUGGGACGGCAAUGGGCGAUAGUUUGGAGUUUUAUACGCGUAUUCCGCUGACUGCGAUGCCUUAUGGGCAGGCGAUGGCUAUCAUGGCGUUGGGGGAGUACUUACGGGGGAGUAUAUAA